AGCCAAAGUCUUUGUUGAACUGGGUUUUUAUUAUCUGAUUCUGGGUGGUGGUAACUUCCUCUGCUUCUGGUGCGCUUAACCAACUCACUUUUCACUUCACUGCAACUUCAGUUUUGGCUCCAUAACCAAAACACCCAACUCUUGUGGGAUUACAAGCAUUGCUUCAUGUUUGCAAAGACAGGCCCCUGCAUUGUUUGAUAUCGGAUUGAAUCGAGUUUAAGAACAUGGCCUCCACAAUUUUCAGAAGCUUUCAAACCCACCCUUUUGUGUUCCAUCCCACUACAUUACUUAGAAGAAAGAAUGUUCUUUUGUAUUGCACAAUGAGAAGUGAACAAACCCAGACAGCCACCCAAGAGAAGGUUAAGCCACAAGUGAAAGUUUCUAACUUGAACCCGAAUAAGAAACUGGAGAAUAUCUCGAAGGACUAUGAAGCAGUCAUAGGUAUCGAAACCCAUGUCCAGCUAUCCACUCAGACCAAGGCCUUUUGUAGUUGCCCUUAUAAUUAUGGCUCUCAACCAAACACUAGUAUUUGCCCCAUUUGUAUGGGUCUGCCCGGUGCUUUACCGAUUUUGAACGUUAAGGUCAUUGAGUCUGCUGUGAAAGUUGGACUUGCACUCAAUUGCAAAUUGGCAAUGAACUCGAAGUUUGAUCGGAAACAAUACUUUUACGCGGACCUUCCAAAGGGGUACCAAAUAUCCCAGUUUGAUGUUCCAAUUGCGACUGGUGGCUACAUUGAUUUGGAUAUUCCAGUAGAGUUUGGUGGUGGGCAUAGGAAGUUCGGCAUUACAAGAGUUCACAUGGAAGAGGAUGCAGGGAAGCUGAUGCAUUCAGACGAUGGAAGUUACUCACAGGUUGAUCUAAAUAGAGCGGGUGUGCCCUUGCUUGAGAUUGUUUCUGAACCUGAUAUGAGAAAUGGUAUUGAAGCUGCAGAAUAUGCUGCAGAAAUACAGAGGGUGGUUCGGUAUUUGGGAGUGAGUAAUGGCAAUAUGCAAGAAGGUUCACUUCGUUGUGAUGUCAAUGUUUCUGUUCGACCAAUUGGGCAAUUACAGUUUGGGACGAAGGUGGAGAUAAAAAAUUUGAACGCUUUUUCGGCAGUGAGCAGGGCAAUUGAUUAUGAAAUUUCGAGGCAGGUGCUUCUUCAUAGUCAAGGCCAAGACAAAGAAAUUGUACAGGAAACACGGCUAUGGGAAGAAGGAGCUCAGAAAACAGUUACAAUGAGGAAGAAAGAAGGACUAUCUGAUUACCGAUAUUUUCCUGAACCAGACCUUCCAGAAGUUUUCCUCACCCAGGACUAUGUUGAUGGUAUUCAUAACUCUUUGCCUGAACUUCCAGAAAUGAAGCGUCGGAGGUAUGAAAAGAUGGGCCUAAGCAUGCAGGACAUUCUUUUCCUUGCUAACGACAUGAAUGUUGCAGAAUUUUUUGAUACUACUAUUAAGAAGGGUGCUGAUGCGAAGCUAGCUGCCAACUGGAUAAUGAGUGAUAUUGCUGCCUAUAUGAAAAAUGAAGAGUUGUCCAUCACUGAGGUCAAGCUUUCCCCUCAAGAGUUGGCUGAGUUAAUAGCUUCCAUAAAAGAUGGGACUAUUAGUGGGAAGAUAGGGAAACAGAUAUUGUUUGAGCUUCUAGCAAAAGGUGGUACUGUGAAGGGACUGAUAGAAGAAAAAGAUUUAGUUCAGAUUGUAGAUCCCGCUGAGAUUGAGAAAAUGGUGGAAAAGGUGUUGUCAGAGAAUCCAAAGCAGCUGGACCAAUAUCGUGGUGGAAAGACUAAGCUGCAAGGUUAUUUUGCUGGCCAGAUAAUGAAACUGUCAAAAGGAAAAGCAAAUCCAGGGCUUCUAAACAAGAUUCUGUUAGAGAAAUUAAAUGCCAAAAGCUGAUACAGAUAAUGCAAUGACCUGGCUCCGAACUUCAAACCAGAUGUAUUCAAACCUAAAUUCGCUCACACCGGAAGGGCCGUUACACUUUGUAGCAUGAUUUAUAUAGCUUAUGGUGGAAGUCUAUCUAGACUUUGAUGUGUUAGUUGGCAUCUCUCUUUCUGAACAAGUGAUUGACAGCCGCUUGAAAAUCUGCGUGCCCUAUCUGGAGAGCCGAGAACUGAUUGGCUUCUGAUAUUGCAUUUCCUGCUUCUGUUUGAUUGGUCUAUAAUGCCAGCAAGUUGGAUGGAUCAAUCUUGAAUCGUAACCUGAUAUGCUCCAGAUAUAUAACCACUUCCAGAUUUCAAGCUCCUAAUUUUGAGUUCAUUUUCUUUCGCUAGAUGUUUAUCUUCGGCGGACAGGCAUACCAUCUUUCCUUACCGACUGUUGUCUAGUAACUAAUCUUUUAAAUAUUGAUUUAUAGAGUUUGUAAAUUACGUAUUUUUGAUGGCUUAAUUACCACUGACAAUCUUGACGGGUUC